AUGUCUCGCACCACCCAUACCGACUCUAAGCCAGCAGAGACCGCUUGGGAAAUUUCUGCCGCUCGCAAACGCGACGAUCGUGCCAACCGACUCGAGCCUUACGCUCACUGGAGCUUGGCCGAGCUCACCCCUCCGCCGUCUCACAACAACGUCAUACCCCUUGUACAUGCUCGUCUCACUGAUAGAGAGCGUUCCUUCCUCGCAUCCGACGUCACCGACCUUGCACAGCGUCUGGCUACCAGAGAGUGCACCGCGCUGGAAGUGACCACAGCAUUCUGCAAGGCAGCAUAUGCGGCUCAGGAGCUUACAAACUGCCUGACCGAGGUGAUGUUUGAGCAGGCGUUGGCUCGUGCGCAGGAGCUAGACGAGCAUAUAUUGACGAGCGGGAAGGUGAUUGGACCGCUGCACGGUGUGCCGAUCAGCAUCAAGGACAAUAUUGCCGUCAAAGGCGAGGAUACUGCGACUGGCUUUAUUGCUUGGGCGGGGCGCACGAUUGCGGAAGAAGACGCGACUGUGGUUCGGAUUUUGCGGCAGGCUGGAGCUAUUAUCUAUGUCAAGACAACUAAUCCUCAGGCCUUGGGCGCUGUCGAAACGUUGAGCAAUAUCUACGGACGCACGACCAAUCCUUUCAAUCGAAGUCUCGGCUGCGGCGGAAGCACUGGCGGCGAAGGAGCGCUAAUUGCAUCCCGUGGAAGCUUGCUCGGAGUUGGAACAGAUAUUGGAAGUUCUAUUUGUCAUUAUUACAGAGGUGGGUUUGGGCUUACAUCGUCCUCUUCAUUAACAUACUCACAUACACUUGGUGUCAUUAGAGUACCUUCGGCAUGGUGCGGAAUAUAUGGGUUGAAACCCUCGAGCGAUAGGUCGCCCGCUUCUGGCUUAUCGUCGCCGUACCAAGGGCUCGACAAUACACCCGUGGUAACAGGACCGAUGGCACACUCCACUAGAGAUCUCGAGCUGUUCUGUCGCGUCAUUUCCGACUACGAACCAUGGACCUCCGACUUCAGCACCCUGCCCAUCCCUUGGAAUUCAUCUCUCGCCCAGCAUAGAGAGAGCGAGAAGCUUUUGAUCGGAAUCUUUACCGACGACGGAGUAGUGGCACCCCAUCCACCGGUCAUUGAGCGCCUACAAAAGACUCGAGAAGCGCUGAUCGCAGCAGGGCACGAGGUUAUCGAUUGGGUGCCGAUGGAUCAUAUGAAAGGCUUUGAGCUUGGCAUGAAGCUACUACUGCUCGAUGGCGGAGAAGCCAUACGCACCGUUCUAGCUGAAUCAGGAGAACCCGCGAUCCCGCCUGUCGCACGACUCUUGAACAAUUACAAAGAGGGAGGUGGGCACACAUUGGCCGAGUCAUGGGCUGUGAACGUCCAGCGUGACCAGUUCCGAGCGCGUGCAUUGAAGCAUUGGAAUGAUACCGCAUUGCGGUCCAAGAGCGGACGCCCAGUUGAUGCGGUGUUGUGUCCAGCGGCGGCUACGCUUGCGCCCCCUCCCAACACCACAUCAUGGAUAGGGUAUACUUCAUACUGGAAUUUACUCGAUCUUCCAGCUGUGGUCUUCCCAUCGGGAAAGCCACUCCAAGCCAGCUCCUGGGCAUCUGCAAGCCGCUCUUCGGAUGACCAGCCUCGAAACCCGAUGGAAGAGCUCGUAAGGGCUCAAUGGAACCCUGAGACAUUCGAUGGCGCACCCGUAGGCCUUCAACUUGUGGGCCGUCGGUGGCAGGAGGAGAAGCUACUGGCUGUGCUGAAACACGUCGAAGACGCUGUGGCCAGAUUCGAAAAGUGA